GGGGAGGAUCUGUGCGGGGGAACUCGAGUCAAUGGCUCCAAGGCAGCAGGGGGACGUUUCACCUGAAGGACCGCGUCGUUUCAACGACAACUUUAUGGCUCCCGGAAGUGCCUCCUCCCGGUCCUCUUCCCACUCUCACGCCCGUGGAUUGCAGUUCCAGCGAUGGCGGCGGCAGUCGCCGGGACUGGACCUGGGGACUCCCCGGAGGGGCCCGAAGCGGAGGCUCCAGAACGUCGGCGGAAGGCUCACGGGAUGCUAAAACUUUACUACGGCCUCUCGGAGGGGGAGGCAGCCGGGCAUCCCGCCGGACCGGACCCCUUGGACCCGACUGAUCUCAACGGGGCGCACUUCGACCCGGAAGUGUAUCUGGACAAGCUCCGUAGAGAGUGCCCUCUGGCCCAGUUGAUGGACAGUGAGACGGACAUGGUGCGGCAGAUCCGUGCUCUAGACAGCGACAUGCAGACCCUGGUCUAUGAGAACUACAACAAGUUCAUCUCAGCCACAGACACAAUCCGGAAGAUGAAGAAUGACUUCCGGAAGAUGGAGGACGAGAUGGACCGACUGGCCACCAACAUGGCAGUGAUCACCGACUUCAGCGCUCGCAUCAGCGCCACACUGCAGGACCGCCACGAGCGCAUCACCAAGCUGGCAGGGGUCCAUGCCCUGCUGCGGAAACUACAGUUCCUCUUUGAGCUGCCCUCGCGCCUCACCAAGUGCGUGGAGCUGGGUGCCUAUGGGCAGGCGGUGCGCUAUCAGGGUCGUGCCCGGGCUGUGCUGCAGCAGUACCAGCACCUGCCCUCAUUCCGUGCCAUCCAGGACGACUGUCAGGUCAUCACUGCCCGCCUGGCCCAGCAGCUGCGGCAGCGCUUCAGGGAGGGCGGCUCAGGUGCCCCAGAGCAGGCUGAGUGCGUGGAGCUGCUGCUGGCCUUGGGAGAACCUGCGGAGGAGCUAUGCGAGGAGUUCCUGGCACACGCCCGUGGGCGGCUGGAAGAGGAGCUGAGAAGUCUGGAAGCUGAGCUGGGGCCGUCCCCUCCAGCUCCUGACGUGUUAGAGUUCACGGACCACGGUGGCAGCGGCUUUGUGGGAGGUCUCUGCCAGGUGGCAGGGGCCUACCAGGAAUUGUUUGCCGCUCAGGGCCCAGCGGGUGCGGAGAAACUGGCUGCCUUCGCCCGGGAGCUGGGUGGGCGCUACUUUGAGUUGGUGGAACGGCGACUGGCACAGGAGCAGGGUGGUGGUGACAACUCGCUGUUGGUCCGGGCGCUGGAUCGCUUCCACCGGCGCCUGCGGGCACCUGGGGCCCUGUUGGCUGCAGCUGGGCUGGCCGAGGCUUGGCCCGCGAGCGCCUAGGCCACCACCUGCAGAGCCUGAGGGCAGCCUUCUUGGGCUGCCUGACAGACGUGCGACAGGCACUGGCUGCACCUCGGCUGGCUGGGAAGGAGGGCCCUGGCCUGGCAGAUCUGCUGGGCAAUGUGGCCAGCUCCAUCCUGAGCCACAUCAAAGCCUCUCUGGCUGCUGUGCACCUCUUCACCGCCAAGGAGGUGUCGUUCUCCAACAAGCCCUACUUCCGGGGCGAGUUCUGCAGCCAGGGUGUCCGUGAGGGCCUCAUCGUGGGCUUCAUCCGCUCCAUGUGCCAGACAGCCCAGAGCUUCUGUGACAGCCCUGGGGAGAAGGGUGGUGCCACGCCUCCCGCCCUGCUCCUGCUGCUCUCCCGCCUCUGCCUGGACUACGAGACGGCCACCAUCUCCUACAUCCUUACCCUCACUGAUGAACAGUUUCUCGUGCAGGACCAGUCUCCAGUUACACCUGUGAGCACACUGUGUGCAGAAGCAAGGGAGACGGCACGGCGGCUGCUGACCCACUACGUGAAGGUGCAGGGCCUGGUCAUAUCACAGAUGCUGCGUAAGAGCGUGGAGACCCGGGACUGGCUCAGUACCCUGGAGCCCCGGAACGUGCGUGCUGUCAUGAAGCGGGUGGUCGAGGACACAACGGCGAUCGAUGUGCAGGUGGGCCUCCUGUACGAAGAGGGUGUCCGCAAGGCCCAGAGCAGCGACUCCAGCAAGAGGACCUUCUCGGUGUACAGCAGCUCCCGGCAGCAGGGCCGCUAUGCGCCCAGCUAUACACCCAGUGCCCCCAUGGACACCAACCUCCUGAGCAAUAUCCAGAAGCUGUUCUCUGAACGUAUUGAUGUGUUCAGCCCUGUGGAGUUCAACAAGGUAUCAGUGCUGACCGGCAUCAUCAAGAUCAGCCUGAAGACGCUGCUGGAGUGUGUGCGUCUGCGCACUUUCGGGCGCUUUGGGCUGCAGCAGGUGCAGGUGGACUGCCACUUCCUGCAGCUCUACCUGUGGCGCUUUGUGGCCGAUGAGGAGCUCGUACACUUGCUGCUGGAUGAAGUGGUGGCCUCAGCUGCCCUGCGUUGUCCAGACCCAGUGCCCAUGGAGCCCAGUGUCGUCGAGGUCAUCUGCGAGCGCGGCUAGCCCCAGCCGGUGCCACGCACGAUCCUGCGGUGCCCCUCACCCCACCCCCCAUCCCAAGCAUUCCCGGCUUUGGGUCUCUGUGGCCUUUCCCUGCCUGCUGGUGUCAACAUCAAUUAAUAAAAGUGGCCUCCUCUUCUCGCA